AUGGCUACGAGGUUGAUCCCACUCCUGGGAACGUACAAGGGGCGGAUAUCUGCAGUGGCAGCAUUAGCAGCAGGCGUUGCUGGACUAAGCUACUACAACACCAAGCGAGGACAGGCCGCCGAGGGCGGAGCAACCCGCUUCCCCCCGUCAGCCAACUUCCCGGACCUCCGUAAGCACAACAACGUGAUGGCGUCUCACCUCACCCCAGACGUGUACGCCAAGCUGUGUGAUCGUCAGACACCCAACGGGUUCACCCUCGACGCGGCCAUCCAGACAGGGGUGGACAACCCCGGACAUCCGUUCAUCAAGACGGUCGGCUGCGUGGCCGGUGAUGAGGAGUCCUACGAGGUCUUCAAGGAGCUGUUCGACCCCGUGAUCGACGAGCGACACAACGGCUACGGGAUCAAUGACGUCCACCCGACAGACCUGAACGCCUCCAAGAUACGAGGUGGCAACUUCGACUCCAAGUACGUCCUGUCGUCCCGGGUCCGUACCGGCCGUAGCAUCCGCGGCCUCAGCCUGCCGCCUGCCUGCUCUCGGGCCGAACGCCGGAUGGUGGAGCAGGUAGUCUCCGAGGCUUUGGGAGGCCUGACCGGUGACUUGACGGGGAAAUACUACCCGCUGAGCAACAUGACUGACGAGGAGCAACAGACUCUGAUCGACGACCAUUUCCUGUUUGACAAACCGGUGUCGCCGCUGCUUACGUGCGCUGGUAUGGCUCGCGACUGGCCUGACGGUCGUGGGAUCUGGCACAAUAACGACAAGACCUUCUUGGUCUGGAUCAACGAGGAGGAUCACACUCGUCUUAUCUCCAUGGAGAAAGGAGGCAACAUGAAAGGCGUCUUUGAACGCUUCUGCAAAGGCCUGAAUGAGGUUGAGAAGCUGAUCAAGUCCAAGGGAUGGGAGUACAUGUGGAAUGAGCAUCUUGGAUACGUCUUGACCUGCCCGUCCAACCUGGGCACCGGGAUGCGUGCUGGAGUGCACAUUAAACUACCCAAUCUCGGCAAGGAAUCUCGAUUCGAUAUGAUCCUGGAGCGACUGAGGCUGCAGAAGCGAGGUACGGGUGGUGUGGACACGGCGUCCGUUGGGGGCGUGUUUGACAUAUCAAACUUGGAUCGUCUCGGACAAUCAGAGGUCCAGCAGUGCCAGCGUGUCGUUGACGGUAUCGAAACCCUGAUCAAGAUGGAGAAGCAACUCGAGAGAGGGCGCUCUAUCGAGAGCCUGAUCCCAAAAGCAUAG